AGCAUCCACCAGUGAGAUAUAACCUUUCCCACCAUAAUAUUUUGUGAACUCGCUUAUUCAACUUGUGAGCUCUCAAUUAACCUGUCCCCCCUUAUACAGGCAAGCAGCUGUUUACCUUGAUCAUACCUGGCAACCUGAACCUCGUUAAGACCCACGCCGCCCACCCCGACGAUGAGGAUGACGGGCCCUACAAGUGGAUAUCCCCGGGCGACACUAAGGUCUUGGUCGAACACGGGGAACUGGUGAUGGGGAUUCUAUGCAAGAAGACGCUGGGUGCCUCCUCGGGGUCCAUGAUGCAUUUGGCCUGGAUGGAGCUGGGACACGAGAUAGCCGGGAGGUUCUACGGCAACAUCCAGACUGUGGUGAACAACUGGCUGCUCCUCGAGGGCCACAGCAUAGGCAUCGGCGACACUAUUUCCGACCCCAACACCUAUAGGGUCAUCCAGGACACCAUCAGAAAGGCCAAGGAGGAUGUGAUUGACGUCAUCCACAAGGCCCACAAUGACGAGCUCGAGCCGACCCCAGGCAACACCCUCCGUCAGACCUUCGAGAACCAGGUCAACCGUAUCCUCAACGAUGCCCGCGACAAGACGGGAGGCUCCGCUAAGAAGUCCCUGACGGAGUAUAACAACCUGAAGGCGAUGGUGGUGGCGGGUUCCAAGGGCUCGAACAUCAACAUCUCGCAGGUCAUAGCAUGCGUGGGCCAGCAAAACGUCGAGGGCAAGAGGAUUCCCUUCGGCUUUCGCAAACGCACUCUGCCGCACUUCAUCAAGGACGACUAUGGGCCAGAAUCGCGCGGGUUUGUCGAGAACUCCUACCUGGCCGGCCUGACCCCCUCCGAGUUCUAUUUCCACGCCAUGGGAGGGAGGGAGGGGCUCAUCGACACGGCGGUGAAGACGGCGGAGACAGGGUACAUCCAGCGCCGUCUGAUCAAGGCCAUGGAGAGCGUGAUGGUCAACUACGACGCGACGGUUCGGAACAGCGUCGGACAGGUGAUCCAGCUGCGCUACGGAGAGGACGGACUGGCGGGGGAGUUCGUGGAGUUUCAGUCCCUGCCAGUGAUCAAGCUCUCCCAUCGACGCUUCGAGGACAACUACAGAUUCGACCUGACCAACGAGCGCUACCUGCGGAAGGUCUACACCGAGGGGGUCGUCCGGGAGAUCAUCGGCUCCCCUGUGGCCAUCAGCACCCUGGAGGAGGAGUGGCGGCAGCUGCAGGAGGAUCGCGUGGCCCUCCGGCAGAUCUUUCCGAAGGGUGACACUAAGGUCGUGCUUCCAUGCAACCUCGAGCGCAUGAUCUGGAACGUGCAGAAAAUCUUCCACAUCAACAAACGCUCGCCCUCGGACCUGUCCCCGGUGAAGAUCGUGCAGUCGGUUAACGAGAUGCUGGCGAGGUGCGUGAUUGUGUCAGGCGAGGACCCCAUCAGCAGGCAGGCCAACGCUAAUGCCACCCUGCUCUUCCAAUGCCUGGUACGCUCCACCCUCUGCACCAAGAAAGUGGCCGAGGAUCACAGGCUGUCCGCAGAGGCCUUCAACUGGCUCAUCGGGGAGAUCGAGACCAGGUUUUCCCACGCGUUAGCCAGCCCCGGGGAGAUGGUGGGGGCCCUGGCAGCUCAGAGCCUCGGGGAACCAGCGACGCAGAUGACGCUCAACACCUUCCACUUUGCCGGGGUGUCGUCGAAGAACGUCACCCUCGGCGUGCCAAGACUCAAGGAAAUCAUCAACAUCUCCAAGCGGCCCAAGGCUCCCUCCCUGACUGUGUUCCUGACGGGCGCAGCGGCGAGGGAUGCGGAGAAGGCGAAGAAUGUGCUGUGUCGCCUGGAACAUACCACUCUGAGGAAGGUCACCUCCAACACGGCAAUCUACUACGACCCAGACCCCCAGAACACCGUGGUAUCCGAGGACCAGGAGUUCGUCAACGUGUACUACGAGAUGCCGGACUUUGACGUGAGCCGCAUUUCGCCCUGGUUGCUGAGGAUUGAACUGGACAGGAAGAAAAUGACAGACCGGAAGCUGACCAUGGAACAGAUAUCACAGAAAAUCAACAGCGGGUUCGGUGACGACCUCAACUGCAUCUUCAACGACGAUAACGCAGAGAAGCUGGUCUUGAGGAUCAGGAUAAUUGUAGGCGACGACAAGCUGGGUGGCAGUGAUGACCAUGAAGAGCAGGUUGACAAGAUGGAAGACGACACGUUCUUACGCUGCAUCGAGGCUAACAUGCUGAACGACCUGAGCCUGCAAGGGGUGGACAGCAUUUCCAAGGUGUACAUGCACUUGCCGCAGACCGACGAGAAGAAGAGAAUCCUCAUCAACGAGACGGGGGAGUUCAAGGCCGUGGCGGAGUGGCUGCUCGAGACCGACGGCACCGCGCUCAUGACGGUGCUCAGCGAACGCCACGUCGACCCCAUACGCACCACGUCCAAUGACAUCCUGGAGGUGUUCACCGUGCUGGGUAUCGAGGCCGUCCGCAAGUGCAUUGAGAAGGAGAUGAAUGCCGUCUUGAUGUUCUAUGGCCUGUACGUGAACUACCGACACCUGGCGCUGCUGUGUGACGUCAUGACCAGCAAGGGGCAUCUCAUGGCCAUCACGCGUCACGGGAUUAACCGUCAGGACACCGGAGCGCUCAUGAAGUGCUCGUUUGAGGAGUCCGUUGAUGUCCUAAUGGAGGCGGCAGCUGCGGCGGAAGUUGACCCAGUCCGGGGGGUGUCCGAGGCGAUCAUGCUUGGGAAGUUACCCCGCCUAGGGACAGGGGCGUUCCAGCUGCUUUUGGACGACGAGAAAUGCAAGCUGGGGAUGGAAGUGCCGCUCCCCGGAAUGCUGAUGUCCAUGCCCGCCCUCCCCAGCGCCUCCCCAGCCACCUCCCCGACCACCCACACCCCCGCCCACACCCCCUGGACCUCUGCCUCUACCCCAGUUAUGUCCCCAUACGGCGGGUGGACUCCUGGGGGUGGGGGGAUGACUCCAGGGGGGCCGGCCUUCUCCCCGACACCAACCCUAGACACCCCAGGGUAUUCCCCAGCUUGGAGCCCCCAGCCAGGUUCCCCAGGUUCCCCAGCCCCGAGUCCCUAUUACCCCUCUCCUUCCCCAGCUCUCUCCCCAUCCUACUGCCCCUCCUCCCCAGCCUACCAGCCCACCUCUCCCAGCCUCACCCCAGCUAGUCCAGGAUAUUCCCCGACCUCCCCGACGUAUUCCCCGACCUCCCCACAGUACUCCCCAACUUCCCCAAGCUAUUCCCCGACAUCUCCUUCAUAUUCCCCAACCUCACCUUCAUAUUCCCCGACCUCCCCAUCGUAUUCCCCAACGUCCCCAUCCUAUUCCCCGACGAGUCCUUCUUACUCCCCGACAAGCCCCUCCUAUUCCCCAACCUCCCCAAGUUACUCCCCUACCUCUCCAUCUUAUUCCCCAACCUCACCUAGUUAUUCCCCGACUUCCCCAAGUUAUUCCCCAACAUCCCCAAGCUAUUCCCCAACUUCCCCUAGCUAUUCCCCGACAUCCCCGAGCUAUUCUCCAACCUCCCCGAGCUAUGCCCCGAAUUACUCCCCGUCCUCCCCUGGAUAUUCCCCGACUUCCCCAUCGUACUCCCCAACCAGCCCCUCCUACUCCCCCUCCUCCCCACAGUACUCCCCGGCAUCCCCAACCUACUCCCCAACUUCCCCAAAAUACUCCCCAUCCCCUAAAUACUCCCCAACCUCCCCGACAUACUCCCCCACCUCCCCAAGCUAUUCCCCAACCUCCCCAAAGUAUUCCCCAACCUCCCCGACAUACUCCCCCACCUCCCCAAGCUAUUCCCCAACCUCCCCAAAAUAUUCUCCAACUUCCCCAACUUACUCCCCAACCAGUCCUUCUUACUCACCUACAUCCCCGUCCUACUCCCCGACUUCCCCGACAUACUCCCCAACUUCCCCAAAAUAUUCCCCGACCAGCCCAUCGUAUUCCCCAAGCACACCCGGUUACUCCCCCUCCUCCCCAACCUACUCCCCUAGUCUGAGAGGUGGGGAGGGGGAGGCAGAAGAGGGGGAAGAGGAGGCAGGGAGGAGGAAGAUGAAGAGGAGGGGUAAGCGAUAAAGGAGGAAGAGGAAAAAAGUAGGAGGAGGAGGAAAAGAGAGGGAAGAACGAAAAGAAAAAUAAGAUGAAGAAAAACAGGAGGAGGAGAAAGAGGAUGGAGAAGAAAAAGUAAAAUACGUAAAAUAGAAGAACACUAAGAAGAGAAAAAACGGAAGGAGACAAAGAUGAUGAUGAUGAUGAUGAUGAUGAGGAGGAGGAGGAGGAGGAGUGUUUUACAGUGGAACU